CAUGGUGAAAACAACUGCUAACUUUCUGCCCGCAAACUAGCAACCUAAAGAAGCAACAAAGGCGGUUUAAGACAUAUAUUUUGAACUUGAUUGCUAUAUCUGUAAGUAGUUGUUUGCUACUGUCACCAGGGAGUCGGGUGGAUUUAUUUGAAAGGUUUCUGUGCAGGUUAAGUGUCUUGUUAGUCGACGUCAGUGAGCUAGGUAGCUUAAGCUAAGCGCUAGCUCGGAAGCUAAUCCAGAAAAAAAGAGGAUUCAGGCAACGUGUUUGAGGUUUUGCAAAGAGUUUUAUUUCCUCCAAGAUGAGUGAGCAGCUGAGGUUCAUCGUGGAGCAGCUCAACAGAGAACCGUUCAAGAAGAGCUUUAACCUCAUCACGUUUGACUCUCUGGACCCCAUGCAGCUGCUGCAGAUCCUGAACGAUGUGCUGGCUGAGAUAGACCCAAAGCAAGCGAUGGAUAUCCGUGAAGAAAUGCCUGAACAAACCAUAAAGAGGAUGUGUGCUCUGCUGGGGAUGCUGAAGUACAAACCUCCUGGCAACCCGUCUGAUGUGAGCAUCUUCAGACAGGGUCUGGUGAGCGGCAGUAAACCCGUAGUUCACCCUAUCCUGCACUGGCUGCUGCAGAGACUCCCUGAGCUGAAGAAGAGAGCGUACCUCGCUCGCUUCCUGGUCAAACUGGAGGUGCCCGCAGAGUUCCUGCAGGAUGAUGUCAUCAACGACACCUCUCACCAGUACGAGGAGCUGGUGGAGAGUUUCAAGACGUAUCACAAGGAGUGUGAGCUGCUGAGGACUUCAGGAUUCUCCACAGCAGAAAUCAGGAGGGACAUCAGUGCGAUGGAGGAAGAGAAGGACCAACUCAUCAAGCGUGUGGACAGGCUGAAGAAGAGGGUGGAGUCGGUGUCCAACCAUCAGAGGAUGCUGGAUCAGGCCCGACAGCUGAGGGUGGAGAAGGAGAAAGAGGAGUCCCUCACCCAGCAGAGGCAGGAGCAGAAGAACCAGCUGUUCCAGGCGGAGCAGCGUCUGCAGAGGGCGAAGCAGCAGUUGAAGGAUUUGCGUCAGGCUGCAGCGGAUGCAAAUCCAGAGAGCUUGAUGAAGAGGCUGGAAGAGGAGAUCAAGAUCAACUCCUACAUGGUGUCUGAGAAGCUCCCCAAAGAGCUGGAGGCCAUGAGGCGCUCGGUGCAGUACCUGCAGAAAAUAUCUGCAGAGCCCGCCAUGGGCCAGGCCGACCUGCAGGAGCUGGAGGACAAGAUUAAAGAGGCCGACUCUCAGAUCAACCAGAUGAUUGAGAAGAGGAUGAUGAGGAGUGACCCCAUGGAUGACAAACUGAUGCUCUACAGACAGCAGGCCUCCAUCAUCAUCCGGAGGAAGGAGUCGAAGGCGGAGGAGCUGCAGGAGGCGAGGGAGGAGCUGGCGGCUGCAGAGCGGGAUCUGACGGGGAGGAGCAGCCAGGCUCAGGACUCAGAGGGGGGAGAGAUCAUCCGGGCAGACGAGCUGAAGCGUUUGGUGGGGAAGCUGCGCGGCAAGGGAGCGAUGUACAAGAAGAAGCGCCAGGAGAUCGCUGAGCUGAGAGCGGAGUACGGAGUCCUGCAGAGGACAGAGGAGAUCCUCAGGCAGAGGCAUGAGACCGUGCAGCAGAAACUGCAAACUAUGGAGGCGGAGAAAGGCAUCUCGGGCUACAGCGACACUCAGGAGGAGCUGGAGCGAGUGUCGGCCAUCAAGAGCGAGCUGGACGAGAAGAAGGGACGCACGCUGGAUGACAUGUCGGAGAUGGUGAAGAAACUGAACUCCAUGAUAGUGGAGAAGAAGUCCGCUCUGGCUCCCAUUAUUAAAGAGCUUCGGUCUCUGAGGCAGUGCUGCCAGGAAUUAAGCCAGGAGUAUGAGGAGAAGAAGAUUCAAUAUGAAAGCUGUACCGCUGGUUUGGAGAGCAACAGAUCUAAAUUGGACCAGGAGGUGAAAGCACUUAGAGAGGAGACGUCACAGGAGGAAAACAGAUAUCAUUACAUCAACUCCAUGUCAGAGGUUAUUGAGAUGCAGAUUCAGCGGGCGGCCGAGGAGAUGAAGGCCUACGUGUCGUCCGAUCCCCAAGAGAAGAAGAAAGCCAUCAGGGAGGUGUACAUGAAGAACAUCUCAGAACAGGAGUUACUGGGCAAGAAGAUGCGUGAGAAGCAGAAGCUGGUGAGGGAGAGUCACGCCGCCAACAUGGAGCAGAUGAAGCUGUGGAGCGACCUGCAGCAGCUGAUGGAGUGUAAGAGGCAGUGCUUCAUCCGAGCCCAGAGCCAGGCCUCCAUCGGGCAGGUCAUCCAGGAGGGGGGCGAGGACCGGCUGGUGCUGUGAGGAGAGCCAGGCAGGGUCAACCACAGGUCACACACACACUCUCUCUCUCUUCAGCUUGUGAUAACCACAGUUGUUUCAUACUUGCAACCAAAAACAAGUUCAGAUAACCAGACGUUGACUCAUUUCCGGGUUUUAGGACUCCUUCCUGCACCACUAUAAAGUCAUAUAGGUUUUCACAUAUAAGGAAUUUAGUUUGGAACCAUGGUGCACACAUUAACACAGUGACAUAGAUGUAGUAUAGCACGAUUAUAGCAUUUUAGCUCUGUAUAACUAUAGGUUUAAACACUGGUAAAUAGUGAAAAUACCAAUCAUAGUGCUUAAAGAUAGUUUUAGAGCUGCAUAGUAAUAUAUGAAGGCUUUAAAACACAACGAUAAAGACAUAUAUGCAGAUCUCAAAGCAUUAUUAGUAUGUUUCUAAUGCACUUUAGACAUUAAACGUGCUACCACAUGUUAUUUUCUGCUUUAGUUAUCCUUUAUUGCAGAUAUUUGCGUUACAUUUGAUCAGUUUCAUCACUUCAUACGUUCAUCCUUCACUAUUCAACCAAAGGAAUAGAAGUAGAAGUAAUGAGCGAGAGUGAAAGAGAAUCGAUAACGAAAGAAGAUCCUUGGUUUUGAUGACUCUGUUAGAGAUCCUUUGGGAAUAAAGCUCUUAAAGGAGGUGUGUGUGGAGGUGUUGCAGGACUCUGGUUUUCGCUCCCUCAUCUUUAAGAGCCGCUUACAGUCUCUGUCCGGAGAUAAGAGCAGACAAAGUGCUGCUCUCGGGGUUGUGGCCGCGCUCGGACUAUUUUUAUCCUCCACUAACGUGACCUUGGAGAGCGAGUCUGGGCGAGUUCACAGUCAGCUCCUUCAGGCAGUGAGGAGGAUACCUUCAUAUGUUUCUGCCUUGUGAAUAUACAUAACAGCCUCAUUUCAAGAUGCUCGUUGAUAUUUAAGACAAGGAUAGUUAUCUUUGUUGUUCGUGUGUUCUGAUUAAGUGUAUUCUGCAUUAACUUUGACUCUUGUUUCAUUAAAAAUCUCCUCGAAAAAACGAAUCACUAAGUUCAUUCAGUCCAUAAAUUGCCAGUUAUGAUAAGGAUGCAUUCACAUAUCUGAAUUAAAACAGAAAUGGACUCCCAUUUACUAAAAUAAAGUGUUGCGGUUAAUCUGUGCACUGUUUCCUUGUUUUAAAGAAGUAUUAUGGAAUAAUGUGUUGCUUUUAUAUCAUGUGAAUAUAUAAGAGUGUUUCUCAAACAUUUUCCAAUAACCAAAAUGAGAGGCACAAUACAUCGCUUCACCAUCAGUGUGGCAUUAACCAAAAAAGCAUGUUUUAUAUCUGAAAAACACUUUGAAUGUUACACUUCAGUCCACCCCUGUAUUCAUGGCAAACCGGCUGCUGGCUCUGGAGCUUUUAAGACCCUCCUCUUCCAGGUGCACCUCGUCAUGCACCUCGUUACAGUGAUGCAGAUCACCUGCGAAGAACUACUGAGGGGAAUACAGCCUCCAUUAAAGCCAGGAGCGGAGGUGUGAUGUUUUCCGGGUUGUCUCUAUGCACGCGGGUAUGCCAUCCUCUUUAAUGUGCCGUCUCAGAAAAAGGAUGAGCCAUAUCCAAUUUGGGAGUCAAAGAUCGGAGUCAUUGUGACCUCUCAAAAAUCACUUUUGGGCAUAACUCAAAAAUUCGAGCGUUAAAUAUGACAAUUUCACACAAAUGUGUGAUGGAAUAAAUGAAUGAUUUGAUGACAUUUUGUAUGUAAACGGCACCUAAACUGGAAAGCAUAGGCUUAGACUGCAGGGUUUGUGGUUCAGGUCAUUAUUGCAUUGUUACAGGAAUGACUGAUAUUUCUGUAAUCAACUUUUCUUUCCUCCAAAGCACACCUAGGUUAGAAACACUGAUCUACAGCAAGACAAAUGCAACAUGAAGGAAGCCAAUCCAUUUUCCAAUCCUGUGCACCAAUGCCUUUAUUUACUAUUUACUAGGUUAUUAAGUUUAAAUGUGACCACCUAGCACGCACAAACCUGUGUCCCCGUACACUUGUGUCGGACUGCCUGUCGUUGAUCCUCACACAUGUCUUCAUGGAUGUUUCAGGGUCCGUCCUUCAGACACUGAAUCUGCUGCUGACAGUUUGUGUUGGCGGCUGCUGUGCCCCACAGAUCCAGUGUUCAUUACAAAAGGUCCCUGCAGAGUGCCACGUUGUUUUUAUUACCGCGCCUUCGGCUUCCUGGGGUCACAUUUAAGACGUGUUAACAGACGACGCACGCCACUCCCGUAAAACAUCUUCGUAAAACAUCUCGCAGUUAUUUUAAUCCCAAAGACAUUUAAAGACUGCUAACUGCAUCAAGCAGAGGACACCAGCUGCCCGUCCAUCAUGCAUCAUCGUGUGCGGCCUCACCAAAAGUAUUUCUAUGUGCAUUAAUGUAAAUGUGUUACAAGUUAAAGUUCUGCAUUCUGCAAAAUAAAAGCGUUAUUAUACCGUUUAAACUUAAAGAGGUCCUGUUAUGCUUUUGGGGGGUUUGUUUGCUUCAGUGACAUCACUAUGGAACGCUUUUGCUUCUAUUGGCUAGCGCUCCAUCACAUCGUACGUGAUAGGCUAAGGGGCGGGACAUCUCUAAGCGGUUCGCCAUACGCAACAGAGCCGGCCAGCUGACCAAUCAGAGCAGAAUGGGCUCUGGUUUCAGACAGAGGGUGAAAAGAGGGGCACAGGCAGUCUGAGAAACAUAAAGAGCUUUGUGAACAUUAAAGCAUGGAGACAUGUCCCAGGAGGGUGGCCAGUUCAAGUCCUGAUUGGAGCAAAAAUACUGAAGUGGACCGGUAGCUGAAGCUGAACCUCGUGGGUGACGGUGAUGUGUCCUUGAGCAAGGCACCAAACCCCAGCAGCUCCGAGUGCAGGACGACUGGCCGCCCCUCAGCUCUGCCACCUCUCUACUGUUCAUUAAUGAAAGUCUGUCUUUAAAAACCCUGGAGGAGUUUUGCAUUAAAUAGUUUGUGGGAACUCUGUAUGUUGCUUUACUUUGAGCCCAGAGUGUUUGUUGUUAUUGUCUUUUGCAUUAUCACUGCCUUUGUGCUGAAUCUAAAAUAAUCAAUGAAACCCCGUGAAGAAGACAGUGGGGGGGGGGGGGGGGGCUCACACGUCUGCAGCACAUGGUCAGCCUUCACAGUUGUUAUGCAGAUGUUGUAAUCAGGUGUUGUGUGUCUUUAUUCAGCCACUGUAAAUCCUUUCUCUCUCACACAAACACACACACACACACACACACACACACACACACACACACACACACACACACACACACACAUCUGAGGCUUUUAGUUUUUUAUUCUGAGCAUGGAGUCAUUCCUGCUGUAUGCAAACGGGCCCUGUGUGGAGUGUAAAUGAGGGAGUGCCACAAUGAGACGAGGGGCCCCUGUAAUGAGAUGCCUGUAGUCCGAGGGAGUUUGUAGAGUGCUCAGGGAAUCUUACAGAAGCAGGUCAAACUUAACUGUGUGUGUGCAGUGCAGGGUGUUUGUAAAACUGGAGUGGAGUAUGUAUAAAAGAGCAGGGAAUCAAAAAUAUGUAUUUGGGAGAUUUUGAUUUUCCACAGUCCGAGUACAAGUACCACUCAGUUUCCUACAUGACUAUAUUUAGGUAUAAGUUCUUUUGGUUAGGUAUUCUUCUUUCUGUGUCUCUGUGUGCACCACUUACACCAAGGCAAAUUCCUCGUAAACCUGAUUCUGAAGUAGGGAGGUUUUUAAAACAGGGGUGUCUGUAUUUCCAUUUGGAAUUGGUCAAAUGUUUGGUAUGAAACUGAAAUAAAAAGGAAUAAUAAAUAUGUUUAAAAUAUGUGUUCGAAGAGGCUGUCAAUGAUUCCUUAUUUC